CUACUUAGUACGGUGAGGGCGGAGCAACCAGCGCGGUAGGGUUAGCUGCAGCUGCGCACAAUCACAUUUCCGUCCCCGCCCCACAGGCCCUGCAGCGCAGUCUGACAUGGCGGCGGGGCUCUUAGGGUUGUGCGCUCGUCGCCUUUUGGCAGCAGCGGCAACGCGUGGGCUCCCGGCUGCCCGCGUUCGCUGGGAAUCCAGCGCCUCCAGGGCCGUGGUCACUCCGUCCACUGUGACCGGAAAGCGGGCGCCAGAGCCGGCCGCACAAUGGCAGGAGGACCCAGAACCCGAGCAAGAAAACUUAUAUGAGAAGAACCCAGAUUCUCAUGGUUUCGACACAGACCCUGUCAUAGACCUCUGGAACAUGCGUGCUGUCUUCUUCUUUGGCUUCUCCAUUGUCCUUGUCUUUGGGACCACCUUUGUGGCGUACCUGCCUGACUACAGGAUGCAUGACUGGGCCUGUCGAGAAGCGGAGAGGCUUGUAAAAUACCGAGAGGCCAACGGCCUCCCGCUCAUGGAAUCCAACUGCUUCGACCCCAGCAAGAUCCAGCUGCCGGACGACGACUGACCAGGUGGGCCUCAAGGAGAGCCGCCUUCCCUAACCCUGCCCACUGUCUGCCCAUCCUCAGGGCACAUAAUUAAAGGGACUGAAGAAUCUGA